UAAGCAUAAGCAUGUAUGCAUAUUGACUAACAAGUACGAUGUGUAACUAGCCCUUAAGAUAUUUUGUAAUUGUGUUUACACCUUAAGUUAUGUGUCUAGACCUUAAGAUUUGUUUGUUUUGUUAAGAGCGUGGGUAACCACCUUUUUGACAUUGAAUAAAGAAAUCAGAAUUAGAGUGACUGCCAACCAGACUAGACGUGUGAAUUUAUUGAAGGACCCAAACUAAGCGUUUUCAUCAGAAGUGGUCGUCGAAGCCACUCCAUCCUACAUAGUUUUAUUGAAUAAAAAAUUUGUUCGCGCUGAUUAAAAUGGGUGACGACGUCGUGAGUGCUGAGAGGUAUACACUCCUCCAAUUAAAGGCGUGGUGCGCAGCUGUUGGCGUGAACGCAAGCGGUGCAAAGGCGUCACUAGCGGCAAGGCUUAGUCAGCUAACAGCAGAAGCACGCGGAUUGUGCCCAGGUAGCGGACCAGUUGACUUAACAGACGAAUCCAAUGACAACGCUGCCGAAAGAAGCGAUGGAGAGUCUGACGAUGAAGUGGUAAAUGCGGCGGAAAACGUAGCGGACAAUGCAGCGAAAAAUGUGACGAAAAAUGUAGCGGGAAAUGUUGCGGUAAAUUCAACGGACAAUGCAGGGAAAAAUGUAGCGGAAAAUGUUGCGGUAAAUUCAACAGUCAAUGUAGCGGAUAAUGUUGCAGUAAUUGCAGCAAACAAUGUAGCGGUCAAUGGAGCGGAAAAGGUAGCGGACAAUGUAGCGGUCAACAUAGCGAACGGUUCAGACAGCAAUGCAAAUUACAGCGUAGAUGGUGAGUUUGGCGUACAAAUUAACAGCGGGGCCAAUGCCGAGUCAGAGAAUCUCAAAGUGAAGUUGCUGGAGAAAGAAAUCGAAAUGUUGAGGCUGAAACUGGCAAUAGAAGAGCAAAAAAAUACGCUUACUGUAGCUAAAGAAUUUCCCUUCGAUACAAUAAAGCAACUGGUGUCGGAUUAUGAUGGUGGCGAAAAUUUUGAGAUGUGGCGUGCCCAAGUGGUGCACCUGCUAGAGGACCUGAAAGUAAACAAAGAAACGCUAGCUUUAGUAGUACAGAUGAAGUUGAAAGGUGCGGCCGCAACGUGGUAUAACACCAACAAGAUGUUUUUAAGGAGUCUAGAUGCCGUGCUUAAAGAGAUGACUGCAAUAUUUGCACGUAGUGACAAUCUUCUGGUUACGCGACGCCGUUUCGAAAAACGCAGCUGGAGUUAUGAAGAGUCGUUUGCUAACUAUUUCAAUGAGAAGUGUUUGCUAAGCAGCGGUUUGAACCUGGUCGACACGGAGCUAGUCGAAUAUAUAAUCGACGGUAUCCCAGAUAAGCAGCUACAGGUCCAGGCGAAACUGCAAAAUUUCCCAACAGCCAGGAGCUUAGUGAAGGCGUUUCGUACAAUUGAGUUGCCGCAACGUUCAUCUCCAAGGCCCAGCGAGGACAGAGUCAGGUGUUACAACUGCAACAGUUACGGCCAUUUGUCGAGAGAGUGCAGAAAAGCAAAGCGCGAAUUAGGUACCUGUUUUGCUUGCGGAGAAAAGGGCCACUACGCUUCAAGAUGCAGUAAAUACAAGAAGAGUCCACCGGCGAAUAAUUUCAAUGCCUAGUCGAUUCCGGGAGCCCCAUAAGCUUGAUCAGGGAAUGCUUAGUGCCGGGAAGAGUUAAAUUGCAGGAAGAGAAAUGUAUUUACUAUGGAUUAAAUAUGUCUGAAUUAAAAAUUGUUGGUAAAACCAAGUGUAACAUUGAAGUUCUUAAUAAACACGUUUUGAUUGAACUUAUGGUGGUCCCUAAUGAA